AUGUGGAAACUCUAUCAGAGCGCAUGGAUCGAAGUCAAAAUCAAUAUACCCGAACAAACAGUCCCCUUAUCUUCAUUCCCACCCAGCAAUCCACACCCCCACUACUUCCUCAACAUCAUGCACCUCUUCCUCGACACCAUGCACCCGCGCUCAGCCAGCGCCGGCAUCGAUACAAAAUACUCCCGGAAACGCGCAAUCACGCACUCGCACAUAUCCCAAUGA